AUGGAAUCACGUCUGGAAGAAGCUGUUCAAUAUGCUAGGGAUUUUCCUCAGAACUCAAUUCGCUCUGUGGCCAAGAAAUAUGAGGUGGCACACACAACACUGAGAUAUCGCCUCAAGAGAUAUGUCGAUCGCCUUGAUGCUGUCAACCUUGCUGUGCGACCAGAGUUCAUUGUGGAUGCCCGCGAAUGCAAUCCUUCGUGCCAAAGCCCUGCAGCCAAAUCGGGCGACCCGCCUACUGUUGGCGUUCACUGGGUCACACGAUUCAUCCAGCGCCACGGGUACUGCAAGCAGCGCCAGAAGACCUUGAGCGCCGAAAGAGAGCUCGACCCAGAGACUGUCAUUCGACCUACUCCCAGUGGAUACACGAACGAUGAGAUCAGUCUCGACUGGGUGCAACACUUUGACAAGCACACUAACGGGUGCCGAAAAGGGAGGAAACGUCUUCUCAUCUUGGACCGGCAUGGGUCGCACCAUACGAAGGAGUUCAUUGAGUACUGUGAUGCCCAUGGCAUCAUUCCUUCGGCUUGCCCCAAACCUGACACAUCUACUGCAGCCACUAGAUGUGGUGGUGUUCCAGCCGUUGAAGCACUACCACGCCAAAGCGCUGGACCUCAUGUCCGACAAGUCAACAAGGUUGCCAGGGUCAUAGAGAACGGAUUGGGUGAAGUCAACGAAAUUAGCCCGGAUCUGGCUCACAAUAUGAGCCGAUUCAUCCAGGGCUCUCUGAGCAACGUUGCCGAACUCCUGCAGACGAAAAAGGACCUAGGAAGGACUAGAUACGCAGAGAAAAUAGCCAAACAGCGGAGGGCCAUGAAGAACAAGGUUCUGCAGUCGGGAGGGGUACUUACAGUCCAGGAAGGCCGUGCAAUGGUCCGGCGUAAGGAAGAAGACGAAGUUACCAAGGCGAGGGAGGUGAUCGCCAGGAUGGAAGCGAAGGCCAAGAACGCACUUAAGCGUUGGUUUAAUGAGGCCGCAAAGACUGCAAGACAAUGGAGGGCCAUUGGAAAGCUUGACAGGGCUGAGAUUUACGAAAGUGGUCGCGAAGUGCGGCUGCUGAAGCGCUUCUAA